CAAUCCGCUGCUUCCCCUUUAAGGAGCCCCUCCUCUUCUCCACAGCAGCGGGAGGAAGAGAAUAAUCCUGGAACAGCGAUUGAAAAAAAAAAAAUCCACCAGUAGACUGUUUCAAGUUCCCCCAGUAGAAACUGUGCCUGAUUUGUGGCCAAUGCUGGAGAUGUACGAAAAGGGAGGAAAACACUAAGCGGGUAGCUAUGGAGAUAGACCGUUUUCCUGGCCGCUUCCUUUGACAGGUGUUGAGUAGGUUAAAAGUCUUCAAACAGAGUCCACCAUGUACGCCAAAGGGAAAGGAGCUGUCGUUCCAUCCGAUAGUCAAGCCAGAGAGAAAUUAGCUUUAUACGUGUACGAGUACUUGUUGCAUGUUGGGGCUCAGAAAUCAGCACAGACCUUCCUUUCCGAGAUCCGAUGGGAGAAGAACAUUACGCUAGGGGAGCCCCCUGGAUUCCUCCAUUCAUGGUGGUGUGUAUUCUGGGAUUUGUACUGUGCCGCUCCAGACCGCCGUGAGACCUGUGAGCACUCCAGCGAGGCCAAGGCCUUCCACGACUAUAGUGCAGCAGCAGCUCCCAGCCCUGUAAUGGGCAACAUGCCCCCCAACGAUGGCAUGCCAGGCGGACCCAUGCCCCCUGGUUUCUUUCAGGGGCCUCCCGGCUCGCAGCCGUCACCACACGCACAGCCUCCCCCACACAAUACCAGCAACCCCAUGAUGGGACCACACGGCCAGCCUUUUAUGUCUCCACGGUACCCUGGUGGACCACGGCCGUCUCUUCGCAUGCCAAAUCAGCCUCCCGUAGGAGUUCCAGGAUCACAACCACUCCUGCCAAACAGUUUGGACCCAACCAGACCACAAGGACAUCCUAACAUGGGCGGUCCGAUGAGAAUGAAUCCUCCCAGAGGGAUGGGUGGCAUGGGUCCUCAGAACUAUGGGGGUAUGAGGCCUCCUCCCAACUCUCUCGGCGGUCCAGGCAUGCCCGGAAUGAACAUGGGACCCGGAGGACGUGGCCCCUGGCCAAACCCCAACGCUAACUCGAUAGCAUACUCCUCCUCGUCUCCAGGGAACUACGUGGGUCCUCCAGGAGGAGGCGGUCCACCAGGAACUCCCAUAAUGCCAAGCCCAGGAGACUCCACAAACUCCAGUGAAAAUAUCUACACAAUGAUGAACCCUAUCGGACCAGGAGGAAACAGACCCAAUUUCCCCAUGGGUCCCGGUCCAGAUGGCCCAAUGGGCGGCAUGGGUGGCAUGGAGCCGCAUCAUAUGAACGGGUCAUUAGGCUCUGGUGACAUGGAUGGGUUGCCAAAGAACUCCCCCAACAACAUGGCGGGCAUGAACAACCCGCCGGGCACACCGCGGGAUGACGGAGAAAUGGGAGGCAACUUCCUCAACCCAUUCCAAAGUGAAAGUUAUUCACCCAACAUGACGAUGAGUGUGUGAUUUCUUCGUGUUUUAUCAUUUUAUUUGGGGUUUUCUUCUUUUGUUUUCGUUUUCAAACCCCCUCCGUUCCUUCUCGACCCCGUCCCCUCGUCACGUCGACCGACCCCCGGCACCCUGGCUUUUUCUGCACAGCCUUCUGGGAUGCCCCACGAGCAGAGGACUCACAUGAAAGUGGCCCAUCCCAGCUUGUGCAAAAUGGCCAGCGGAAACAGGAAGCAGCCCCAGAGCCACAGGAAGAGCUUGUUGACUGAAUCUCCCUGCCUCCCGGACUUCCUUUCUGGAUCAGGACACUAGCGAGACUGAAGGCAGGUGUGUGUGUAAGGAGCUUCACGGGCUGCUCGCGUUAUGAUCUUUACGAACUCACUCCACUUUUUUUGAUUCUUUCUUUUUAAAAUCUUGAAUGGAUGCAGUCGUUUUUACAGUGGAAAAUAUCUGCACCUUUUUCCUCCAUGUUAUUGUGUAAAUGCAAGAGGGAACUCGUCACGACGGGUUCGCCGAUGAACGUUUUCAUUAUUCUGUGUAUGUAUUGUAUUAUUAUCAAUUGUUGAUUUUAUUUUUAUUAAUAUUGUAAUGAUGGUUAUUGAUUAGUUUUUUUUUUUUUUAAGGGGCACAUUGUAUGUAAACCAUGAAUUUGACAGAAAAAGCACACAUCCAUAAUGCACAACAACGUGUCGUGACUUUUUCAGUAAGUCCACACCACGUUUUGUGUUUGCUGUGAAAUCUUACCUCCCGCAGAUUAAAAAGGUAGCCGUACCUUUUCUUCUACAUCUCUAGUGUACAGGUUUCAUUGUCCCUGUUGAGUGAACGACCGAACCAGCAGCGACUUUAACCUCUCAGACCAGCCUGUGUGUCACAACACAUCUGUAGAGAGGAAGUGAUGUCAUACCAGAGCCGAAAACAUGCAGUAAUACUAGUAACCAGUGACUCAAACACACAACACCGUGAUUCAUAACGUAUUUAUUUGUUGUUUUUGUUGAUUUAUGGCGCACAUGUCUCGCAUGCGACCCGUCAGGACAUAUUGUACACAUGUAAAUAUGCCAGUCUAAGAUACCUCCUGAAGAUUUGUAUCGUUCUGUCCCUCGCCGGAGACCCACGUGCUUUCUUUUUUGCAUGAAUCUGAACAGGUCACGUGAAAUUUCACUACAAAUGAGGUUCCUGUUGGCUCGGUGCUCAUCAUACUGGAUACUUUUUCAGCUGUGGAACAAAAUUCUCCUCCUCAAACACAUUUUGUUAAUUAUGUGUUCCUUUAUUUCACAUGUGUCCUAAAAAGUGAAGCCAAAGCAUUUCCAUCGCCCCCUGGUGGCUGAAUGCAGUAUAGGUCAUAAACCCUGCCCUUUCCAUGUAAUCGAAAGGGACGUGAGCCAAACUAAAAUAUCCAAUUACACUUUUUUUUUUUUUAGGGAUGCACCGAUAUGAAAAUUUGGCCGAUACCGAUAAUUCUUUAUUUUUGAAAGCCGAUAACCGAUAUAUUGGCCGAUUAAAUCUAAUUACAAAUUUUUAUAUAAUUUUUGAGAGCCUGAUUACAAAAACAAAAGUCUCAAGUUUUGGCCGAUACCGAUAACCGAUAAUUCUUUGUAUUUGAAAGCCGAUAGUCAAUAUGUUGACUGAUAAAUCUAAAUUAAAAAUUUUGUAUCAUUUUUGAGAGCCUGAUUACAAAAACAAAAGUCUCAAAUUUUGGCCGAUAACCGAUAUAUUGGCCGAUGAAUCUAAAUCAAAAUUUUUAUAUAAUUUUUGAGAGCAUGAUUACAAAAACAAAAGUCUCACCAUUAAAAGCCAUGUCCCAAGCACACAAUUAUAAUGUUCUCAUUAUAAUAUUAUGUAGUCUAUAUGACAGACUUGCGCUGUACGUUGUACUUAACUGUAUUUUCCUUUUUAAAGUGAUUUCAAUCAUAUUUCAAGCAAUUCAAAAACCAUAAUGGUGGACAGUGCGCAUCUGAAGUGUCUCAGCUGAAAGAAAUAAUCCAUUAUUUAUCAGCUUUAAUAUAUCGGCCAAAUUUUCUUAUCAGGCUGAAAAUGAUAACAUUAAAAAUGAACAUAUAUCGGCUGAUACCGAUAUGGUGGUUGAUAUAUUGUGCAUCCCUAAGAUGGUUUCUGUCAUUUUAAGUAGUUCUAAUCACGCUGAUAUAUGUUCAAGUGUAAGUUUUGUUUUAGUUAUUUGAUGCUGCAAAAAUGGGGUAUGACGUCAUGAUUGACAGCUGUGCUGCUCAGACUCCGCCUCCAAAUUACGUAAUUGCCGCAUGUCAGAUAUUUUGGCUUCAUUUUUCUACAGUGGAAGGAAUUGGACACACAUCGUCCAUCUUUUCUAUUUUUACAGUCUAUGAUUACACCUAAUAUAAUCUGCAAAAACAUGAGAUGUCAGCCACAUCCAGACCUUUCCUGAGCUAAAAUGAAGGGUCAGUAAUAUGACGUCCAGGGACUACUGAAUGAGGGAUAUUUGAGCUAAAUGUGCCCGACAGCCCAUUUGUUUGUCUCGUUUUGUCUUGUGUCCUUUAAACAAAAUGUGUUUUUGGAAAUCUCAGUGGAAUGGUUAUUAGGGGUCAGAAGGAAGCGGUAAAUCCUCCUGCUGAUGUCGUACACACACAUUAGUCACCUGUAAGUUAUCCACAGCGCAACGACAACAAGAAACACACAUUUAUACAGCGUUUAUCUUAUUUUAUUACUUUCUUUGUUUGUAAAUACUGUAAAGUGCAUUUUGAUAUCAUCAACAUGUUUUUGAUAUUUCAGUCACUACCAAUGAAUACUACGAGAUCUUGGGGGUAGAAAAAAAAGAAAUGUAAAGAGUCGCCAUUCUCUGUCCUUGACUCUGUACAGAUGUACUAAAUCAUGCAAAUGUAAAGAUUUUGUCAGCCUCUACUUAGUAAACGAGCGCUCAUGUUUUAGGAGAACAGUACCGUUCGCUCCUCGUAGACGCUCGCGGAGCGCUCUCUCUCGGACGUGUCCUCACUUUGCACUUUCCAGACAGCAGCCCACCUUUUAACACAUCGCCUAUAUGGACAUACAUGAACACGGGAAGUCGUCUCUUUAUGUGCAAAAGGGACCACGCAUUGCAAACUUUACUAUGAAGGAUUUUUAUCUAUUUAAAUUUUAAAAAACGAACAAAAAAAGAGUGAGGAUUUAAAAAAAAAAAAAAAAAAGUACUAAAAUGGAGGGAAGUGUCCUUCCUGUUCUCUAGUGUUUUCUAGGUUGCAGUCUCUCUUCUCCUCGGCCAGUCCUCUGUAUGUAAACCACUCACGUCUCUGUGAUUCUCUUGUGACGCUGUACGAUACUGUAACAUUAGCGAGGAGACGAGGGCCGAGAGCAGUAUUGAGUAUGAAGCAGUCUGUCUCCUGGGUUUGCUUUGUAUUUCAUGUUUAGGGUAGUUUGGACUCUUUCUGUCUUGUGUAGUAAAUUAAGAUGUUCUUUGUAUGUUUCUUUAUAUUGUAAAGUUACUUUUAGAUUUAAAAGUUGCUUAUUAAAAAAAAAAAAGGAUGGAAAAAGUGCUUCAAUAAUGUAUUUUUUUUUUCUCUCUCUCUUUGAUUUCUUUUUUUUUUUUUUCAUGGAGUUGUUGCUUAUUUUUUUGCUUGUCCCUUCGUUGUAGAUACAAAUUUAAGACUAAUAAAAUAACAUAACCCCUUUUACCAAGACUUCCUGCUCUCCCAGCUCUUAAUUUAUUAAAACUAUUUAUAUUGAAA